AUCCCUUUGUUGUAUGCCAAGUGGUGCUGCUGCUGGGUUUGGUCCCCGCACUCCCUCCACAUCCGAUGCUGCUGGUGCCAGCAUGAGCAGUGCGACCGCUACUCCCACCACCACCACGACGACUACGACUACGAGUACGAGUACGACUACGACUGCCAGUACUGGCGCUGGAAGUCGACCUGUCGAGCCGAGCUACAAGGCUGCCCGGAUGCAGUCCGUGCUCGAGGUGCUCGGUCCAGACGAGACCAUCACCACCGCGAGCGUCGCUGCAGAGGGCUUCCUUGUCGUCGGAACGAGCCUGGGCGCCAUCUUGCUCUUCGAUGCGCAGGGUCGCUUCAUCACAGGCCGGCAAGGCGUCCAUCGACACGACGUGCUUUGCUGCACUGUUCAUAAUGGAUGCAUCAUCACGGGUGGCGCCGAUGGACGAAUUGUAUGCUACUCGUGGCUCACGGGCGAUUGUGACGAUCUAAACACGCCGUCGGGAAGCGGGAGCACCGCAGCGCUGGAACCAGUUGCAGGCGUGGCCGUUUCGCCCGACUUUGUCCCGCCAACGCUGGCACGAACGAUGGCAUUGUACUCUCAUGCGUCCGCGUCGCCUGGAAACCCGAGUAGCCCGGCAGGCCAAGGGUCUGGCACAUCCGCUGACGCUUCUGGUAACGCUGCUGCCGCGACAGCUGCUGCUGCUGCGGCGGCGGCUGCCGGCAAGAAGGACGCCAGCGCUGGCGUGUUAUUCUACGCUCGAGCCAGCUCUGGCACGGUUGUUCGACGGCAAAAGGGUCUUUUUGGGUUUUCCGAAGAAGUUAUUUGGAGCGAUGAUGAGAGCCAUUCUGAUCGAGCGUGGACGGGCGCUGAUGCUCAGAAGCAGGGCACCCAGCAGCACGAAUACCACGGCCCAAUGUUCUCGCGCGAUUUCCGCAACAUGUGCUACUUUGCGCCAUAUCUGUUUUUCUGUUGGCAGGAUUCGCUGUACAUUUACAACAACGCCAAAGACAAGUUGGUUGGUCGCAUCGGUCAAACUGCCGAUGCCCAGAACGGCGGUAACAUUGACUGUGUCGUGACCCCUGACCAAUUGAUCGUCAAGUGGGGUGCCGUGGUCUACUUUUGUGCUCGAAAUUUCGGCGAUCGUCCGUUGACUGUCUUGCGGCACUUUCAAGCUCGUCGCGAAGUGGCCAAGCUAUCUUUGCUCGGCCAACACCUAGUCAUGCUGUUUGAAGACUUUCCACAUUAUCACUACGGCACUCCUUUACACGAGCAUGCGACCGACACAAAGGCGCACGCUCCGGCACCCAUCCAAAUCGCCCUGUUUCGUCUCGACACAAUGACGCUGGUGGACCUGUUCUCCCUCCCAUCAAACCUCUCUGGUUACCUCAUCGGCAUUUUUGCCGACUACACUGUGGGCCAGCCGCAGGCGUACUUGUCAUCGCCGUUGCGAGGCACAAAUCGCUGGUUUUCGUCAGAUCACACCAGCGAUCUUUCCAAAAUGAUGCACUUUCCUUCCACAUUUUCUCUAGCACUGCAAUCCUCGUUCGCUUCCCCGCUGCCCGUGUCUGCCACGGCCACAUUGUCUGCGUUCCAGGGCAUCACGCGCCUCUACGUGGUGCUUUCUAACGACGUUGUCAUUCUGCGCUCGCUGUAUGUUUCGGAGCAAAUCGUCUGGCUCGUGGAGCAACAGCGCUUCCCCGCGGCCAUUCACAUGUGUCAGCGACAUCGGAGAACGCGCGAACUCAUCGAAGUUGCCAACGAGUAUGCCUGCCACUUGUGGGACAAGGCGCAGCAUUUGCUGGCUGUUCAGCUGUGGGCAGAGUAUGUGCUUCCAAGCGCCCCUCCACGAUUUUGGCGGAUCUUUGUGGACAGAUUCGAGCAGACAAACCAACUCCACUUGUUGGAAAAGUACCUUCCAUUCAAUGACCGCUCGCUGUUGUCGCCCGAGACGUAUGCUCGAGUGUUGGAGCAUCACAUUGAGACUGGCGAAAACCAGGCGCUUCUAGAGUGCGUCUCGUACUGGCCGGUACUGUAUCCAAUGCCUCGCAUUGUGACGCGCAUCAUCGAGGCUAUUGCUUCCGCCUUGCAACUGGUCCAGCAAGCAUUGCAGGUCGAGGCAAGCAGCGCCCAGCUCCGUGGUCCAAAUCAUUCUGGCCGCUCGCCCGAGGCUGCCGAGGCGUCUUUUGAUGAUGACAUGCAGUUUGAGGGCGAAGCUCGCGCUGCGCCAGACCAAGCCUCGGCUACCGCUCUGUCAUCAGAGCCAGCAACAAUGCAAGCUUCCACCGAAACGCCGGCCCCAUCUGGUCGUGUUCUUCUGCCUAGCCAGCAGCUACUGCAAGGGACCCUACCACUCUUCUGGUCAUUGUUCAAGCUUUUUGAGUUUGCCAACCGUCCUGUCGAGGCCGUACAAGUUCUCAUUGUGCUGGAACGGAUUGAUCACACGGCAUCAAAGGGAUACCCGCUCGCCUACUUUCACGCACACAACCUGUGGUCCAUCUUUGCAGCAGAGUCUGCAAGUGUAGGAGCUGUCUCUAGUGGUGCAGAACAACCUCCGGGGCAUGCUCUGCCACUUCGCUCUCGCUCACACGACCCGGAAGAAAUGUUGUCGCCCAACAAUCCCACAUCCGACGUGGGCGGUACGGCGCUCUCGUCGCCUUCGACCCCGACUCCCGCAUCCAGCUCUUUGAAUUCGGCUCAAGAAACCAUGGAAGAGCUCACUCUGUUUGGCGGCCACACCGCUUGCAAUCGAAUUGGCAUCCAAACAGCCUCGCAGCUGCUUGGCUCCCGCGCUUCCCAGGCACGAUUGCUGAUGCAUCUUGUCAGCCUUGAACCCGAUCGCGGGUGUCAGCAUCUUGCCACUUGCGCCAUGUCUGGUCUUCUUCGGGUGUCGUUUGUGCUCGACCUGUUUGCCUAUCAUCGCAGCUUGCUUCAACCACCAGAACAACGCGCAGUCACACGCAAGCUCGAAUUGAGUGAACACCCUGAACCAGACCAAGCUACAACGACAUACACUGCUGCUGCAGUCUUGCUGGACACGGCUGCAAAGAACGAUACGGUCGGUCUGUACAAGUUCCGCCUGUGGUACCUGAUGUAUUGCGUCAUCCAGGACGUCAAGGGAACGCAGCUCCACCAUCGCGAAGUGAUCGAGUCGUGCAAAAAGAUUGUUGGCUACACGGGCAAGGGCUCGCGACCGGAAUCCAUGCUGCUGCGGAUGGGCUCUGAUGGCGCCGACGUGAUUGCGACCAUUUCUGCGGUGGCGGCCGACCCAGAGUUGGCUGCACUCAGUGCGAUGGAAAUUCCCCCAUCCCCCCACGCAUCGCCGCGCAAGCAAGGGAGCAGCGGUCGCGCAUACCCGCUUUCUGGCAUGGAACUUCCCCCGGAUUCACUCGCUCGACGCACCAUCCGCGCCUACCAGCACCACCUUCAUUUGCAACAGCAACAGCAGCAACAGCAGCAACAGCCGUCGCCACCCGUCCAGCUGCCUUCCCCAGCUCAACAACAGCAACAAUCCGAGGCUUGAACACGCUUGGUUGUUUCUCGUUGACUUGGCAGAUGGUUUGGAUUGUUGGCUCGCUCCCUCCCUGAUGAUUAUUUUG